AUAGCAAUUAAAAUGUAUCAUAAUCAAGACAAAUAAAUUACAAUAAGAUUGAGGUAGCGAGGCAUAACAACUACUAAGUAUUACUUAACAAAAUUAAGUUUAUAGAAAGUGUAUUUUAAAAACCUGAUAUUCCUUAACAUCGCAGAAUUAGGGGUGGGAGAUCAUCGAAAAACCGAACGAAAUGCCAUAGCGCUACUUUCAUUGUCUAACUGUCCACAAAAAUGUUUUAAGAGAAAAAACUAGUGUGUUUUAAGGUGUUCCUGUAAACUCUGAGUUGUAUAAUAGUUGUAAACAAUGUGGAAGCGGUGUUUAUUUGUGUUAUGCAGUGCCCUAUUUGUUAAAUGUCAAGUUGACUUAGCAUCAGAAAAUUAUUUUGGAAAAUGUCUCCCACACACUAUCAAAUUUGAUGGCUGUAUUAAAGAUGUCAUCAAUGACUUGAGACCACAUUACCCUACAGGUCUCCCCGACUAUGGGAUUCUUCCAUUGGACCCUUUCCACGCUGCUGAAGUGCCCCAAAAAAGAAGCGGCCCCUUUUUUAAUUACAAAUUAAUUUUGAGAAAUGUUACUGAAUCUGGGUGGACCCAGUCACAAAUUACAAGAUUUAGGUCUGAUUUAAACAAGAACCUUGUUCAGUACACGCAAUUUUUCCCUGAUAAACGUCUGAAAGGUUCGUAUGAAAUCAGCGGUGAAUUCUUUGGACAGAAAGUCCAGAACCAGGGUUCAUGGGACUUGAGACUUAUAGACUACACCCAAACUACCACGGCCACCAGAAAACCCAUCAGGGAUUCCAGAGACGUUGAAGUAGAAAAUCCGCCCAUCAAAGCCAAAAUACAGAUUCAAACUUGCAAAAAGUUGGAGCUGCAUAUUGGUAAUUUGGCAGGAGGAAGGACCAUAUUUGAAAAUAUGUUGGAUUGGAUAAUCAACACAGCGUGGCAGCCUGGUUUUGUCAUGCUAAGCCCUCUCAUCAACGAUUUAGUCAGUACAGCGUUCACUGAAAUUUUUAACAAAGAUUUUCAACAUUUUCCGUUUGAACAGGUCUUUAAAAAUAAUGUCUAAAAUACUUCCAUUAUAUGCGUGGUUGGUUGUAUAUUUUUUAAUUAGUUUUAAGUUGAUAUUUUGUACAUAAUAUUUGUAAUGUUUAAGUGCCAAGUCAUUGUAAUAUAAUAAAGUGUAUAAGGAC